CAAAAAAAUGGUUCAGAGUCCAACACACCAGCGUACACAAGUCCAAGGCACAGAAACAAUCAGUCCAAACUCUCCCCUCUCACAGAGGGUGAGGAUGAGGGGAGAUCCUGCCCAGCAGCCGCUGGCCAGAUCGGCACCCCCAGUGCCCAAGAGCUGAGCCAACGUCCAAGGAGGCCCACGUCUAAACAAGACGCCUCCGAUGGCCCAACAGGCAGGAACAGCGAUGUCUUCCAGACGGGCGAGACUCCAGGAGGCCGAGGGCUCGAGGCGAUCGGUGACGACAGAGACCGUACCGUCGUCCUACAGGCGGGGAACCGCCCCAAAGGCAGGACCGCCGGGGUGGCAGACGACGCAGGAGGCAGCGCCACCCCCGCGGCAGGCUGCGCCAAGGGCGAGGCCACCAGUCCGGCAGAUGAGAUGAGGACCGACGUGGAACCAGCGACGAAGACAGAAGCGGCGUCAGAGCCGGGACCAGAGACGAAGACAGACAUGGAGCCAGAGCCGGGACCAGAGACGAAGACAGACGUGGAGCCAGAGCCGGGACCAGAGACAAAGCCAGGACCAGAGCCGAAGCCUGACGUGGAGACGAAGCCGGGACCAGAGACGAUCACAGGAUCGAAAGCGAUGACAGACGUGGAGACGGGGCCGGAACCAGAGAAGAAGCUGGGACCAGAGACGGAGACAGACGUGGAGACGGAGACAGACAUGGAGACGAGGCCGAUGCAGCCCCCGAUGCAGACGUGGCCGGAGCCGGACCACCAGGAACCGAUGCAGACGCGGCCGGAGCCGGGCCACCAGGAGCCGAUGCAGAUGCGGCAGGCGCUGGGCCACCAGGAACCGAUGCAGAUGCAGCAGGCACCGGGCCACCAGGAACCGAUACAGAUGCGGCAGGUGCCGGGCCACUAGGAGCUGAGGAACGACCCUCUCCUGGAGACCGGCAGGAACUGCAGCGGAAGCUGCAACAGGAACGACCCCCUCCUGGAGGUUGUGGGGAACCGCAGCAGGCGCGACCUCCUCCUUGAGGUCGUGGGGAACCGCAGCAGGAACUGCGGCAGGCGCGACCUCCUCCUGGAGGUCGUCGAGAACCGCAGCAGGAACUGCGACAGGUGCGACCUUCCCGAGGCCGACAGGAACUAGAAUGGCGUCCUCGCAGGAGCCGACAGGAACAGGAACUAGAACGACCACUUCAGGGCCGACGGGAACUGGAACUAGAACAACCUCCUCAGGGCCGACGGGAACUGGAACUAGAACAACCUCCUCAGGGCCGACGGGAACUGGAACUAGAACGGCAUCCUCGCAGGAGCCGACAGGAACAGGAACUAGAACGACCUCUACAGGGUCGACGGGGACUGUGGUCCUUACCGGAGCCGGCAGUGCUGCUCGUGGACUCCUCACUGGAGCCGGCAGUGCUGCUCGCGGACUCCUCACUGGAGCUGGCAGUGCCACUCGCGGACUUCUCACUGGAGCCGGCAGUGCCGCUCGCGGACUCCUCACUGGAGCCGGCAGUGCCGCUCGCGGACUCCUCACUGGAGCCAGCAGAAAAAGGAGUCGAGACCUGGUUUGCCGGGGGGCAGCAAAGCUCAACGGGGCAGAAGCUGGGCCUGACUGGGCUGGAGCUGGGCUUGACCGGGCAGCAACAGAGGUCAAGGCAGGUGAAGAGCCUGUGGUGUCUAUAGGCUGAGGCACAGGGGUUGGCGCGGACUGGAGCACAGGGGCUGGCGCGGACUGGAGCACAGGGGCUGGCGCGGACUGGAGCACAGGGGCUGGUGCGGACUGGAGCACAGGGGUUGGCGCGGACUGGAGCACACGGGCUGGCGCGGACUGGAGCACAGGGGCUGGCGCGGACUGGAGCACAGGCGCGUUGAUGAGACAGGGUUGGACGACCGGUGCAGUGGGGUUCAGACGGGGCAUGGUGCUGUGGCAGGAGCAGGCUGUGGUGCUGUGGCAGGAGCAGGCUGGCGCCGUUGCCGGAGCAGGCUGGCGCCUCGGCUGACGAAGUGGCGACUGGAACCUCGGCCAACAAAGUGGCGACUGGAACCUCAGCCGACGACGCGGCUGUCCAACCUCGGCUGACGGAGCAGCGACUCAGAGAACGGUGGCGGAAGCAGCUGGUGACUCGCGGGCGGACGGCGCUCAUCGAGCGCAUCUCAAUUCUGCCUGCAGCGUCUGGAGUCUGGCGAAAAGCGCCCUAACCCCAGGGUAGUGGAACCACCAGUGCUUCUCCUCAAGAAUCUCCACCGCCAAUUUCACCACGCGGAGCCGCGCCUUCACACCGGAAGCCUCCGCGUACUCCUUAGCGAGCUCCGCGAAGCACCAAUGGAGAUCUUCCGGUAAUCCAGGGCAUGAAAACGGCAUGGUGAGGGAAAAAAACAAAAAGCAAGUGUCCCGUAAAAAAUAACACCGGGCGAGGAAAAAAAACAAAAACAAAACAGAACACCCGUCUAAUACGGCUGGCUGGGUCCGAGUCUGGCCAGUUUGUACUGUCAGGGCUCGCAGGGAGUGGACAGGAGUGAAGGACCCAAACGCACAGCUCGGGUUCAUGACAAAAUGUAGUAACCUAUGUGUGAGGCAAGUUACUAGCUAGCUAUGCUAACGGCUACAGCCAGUCGACCGAGCCUUUGUCCCCUUCAAAUGUGCUCAUGUGGGCUCCUGCAGCCACACACCUGUAUGGAGAAAAGCUAAUGAUUAUCGGCAUCGAGCGGCUACAGGCAGGGAGUGGUGGGUCUAGCUCGCUGUAGUAAGUACGUGCUUGAUACUUGCUAUGUUGGUUGGUCUGUUUAAUAUGUAGUAACCCACAUGUGAGGCAAGCUAAUGGCUAUCGGCAUUGAGCGGCUACAGGCAGGGAGCGGUGGGUUUAGCGUCUGUCCUUUUUCUGAAAUCGCAUACACCUGCGGGGAACAGCUGAUCGUUAUCGCCUUCCAGCGGCGACAGGCAGGAAGCGGUGGAUCUAGCUUGCUGUAGUAAGUUUGUGCUUGAUACUUGUGAUAUCUAAAUAUGUUAGUUGGGUCUGUUUAAAAUGUAGUAACCCACAUGUGAGACAAGCUAAUCGCUAGCAUUGCUAACGGCUACAGCGAGUCAACCGAGCCUUUGUCCCUUUCAAAUGUGCUACUCUGAGUUGGCGCAAUCACACACCUGUGUGUGUGAUGGGCCUUCGAUCGGUGACAGGCAGGAAGCAGUGGAUCGAGCUUUUGUCCUGUUGACAUGUUCUGCCGCUCCUAUUUGUGUGUAUGCGUUAGCCGUUAGCAUGCUGUUAGGCCUUUGCACUUUAGAGCUACAGCUGGUUGAUCACUACAAUAAGAAAGUGCAGAUGAACGCGGUUAUGUUUGUUAUUACCCCGUCCUGUGUCACAGCCUAAAUCAACUUGUGAUUUGGGGUUAUGUCAUUGUUCUAUCAAAUUCUAAGAUGAUUAGUUGGAAUGAUAACUGUGUUGUGUUGCAAGCUUAGUUGCUAAUUAGUCACAUCUCUACAAUAACUGCUGCUUAUCUGGUCAGUAACCUAUAGCUUGUACCAUAGCCAUUAUAUUUGUAGGACCAAUACAAUUUACAGUAAAUGUAACAGUCUUUUCUAUACUGUAGGGAGGCACAUCCCAGUUGCCCACAUGCAAGGAGGCUGUCAAACAGAGAAGUCACUGCAGACUGUUGGUACACAGACAUCUGCUGCCCAGCUCAGGAGUGAAGUACCUUUUGUUUUGAUGAGGUGAUGGUGAAGACAGCCACAGCUUCCAUCUGGUAGAGGACUGCUUCCGCUCAGUCUUCCAAAUAGUGAUGAGAACAAGGAUCGCCACAUCUCCCUGUUUACCCUACUUUCAUGCAUUUCGUCUGCAAAAGCUUCUGUCCUCAAACCCCCAGACUUCUUAAUUAACCCAAUAACCUAUACUUUGCACAUUGGAGUGUGAAGGUAACAGUUUGUUCUAGCUUUGGAGUAGUUGUGCAUUUUUUUGGUUGACAAUAAAGUUGGCUUUAACUAUUA